AUGUUUUCGUCACAUAAGCAACUUGUUGAUACUCCCAGAAAUGGGCGACGUGCACAGAGAGGCACUGGGCUGGAGUUCACUCCCAUAGGAGGUCUUCGUAAGAGCUCUGUUCCGACUAGCGGGUAUUUUCCCAUGCUUCAACGAAACAUGGCAACGAAAAGCAACGUGGAGAACGGGUCACCAGUGAGAGGCAACAAUAUGAUCAGUUCGUCCUUUGAUGAGACGUUUGAUCUGCUGAACGAUGACGAGGCAGACGACCGUGUUUUCAGGGGAGCAGAUAUCCUUCCUGAUUUUUCAGACAACGAAACCGAACACGUGAACUAUGAACGGGGAAAUCAUGCGUUUGUGGAGAACGGUAGUAAUCUCUUACGGAAACAACACGACCAGGUGAAGACUCUUCAAGAAGAGAACCUCAAUUUACGGAUCGAGCUUCUGACUCUUCGCAAAUACCUCGAUGGUCAGCCAAAAGACAAAGUUGAGAUUCUGAACCAAAAUGUUGAGCUCAGUCAGGAAAACGUCAAUCUGAGAGACAAAUUAGAUACGUUGCAACAGCAACUUCGCGAGGAGGACAAGGAGAACUUGGCAUCGCGCAACGACAAGCAACUUCGAACUUUCGAAAGACAGAUCGAGCAAUUGGAAGCAGAGUUGCAGGAUAGAGACGCGCUGAAGCGCAGCGCCGAGUCGGAACGUCAGCGUGCAGACAGAAACGAGGACGAGGUGAUCAAUCUUCAGCAGGAACUGCGUGCGCUUGAAGACGAAAGAGACAAGCUUGAAGCUUCUCACGAAGAUCUGAAAUUACAACUAAGAAACGCACGGACUAAUUUGGACAGCCAGCAUGACUCCAAUGACAAGAUUGGUGAACUGGUUGAUAAUCUUAACGACGCCAACAAGUUUAUCGACGAAGUUGGCAAGAAGCUGGACAGCCAGUACGAGGAAAAUGAAACUUUGAGACAGAAGGUUGAUACGCUAGAAUCGAAAAACGAGGACCUCAAGUCCAAGAAUCACCGCUUGUCCGAGAUACUUGACCAGCUCAAGGACGAGAUUAAAAGCCUUGAAGAUCGCAAGUCUAAUACCGAACUCCGCAAACUGGAGGAUGAUAACAGACAUCUUCAGGAACAGGUGGAAGAUCUCUAUGACCAGCAUCGUCAAGAUAGCAAAACUAUCACCAACUUGCAAUUGGAACUGAAAAGACUGGAAGCCGAAUCUGACGACAAGAUGAGCAACGAGUCCUAUAUCGGUGCUGUUGACGAAGAAAAGAACUCCUUGUACGAUAACAUCAUUGAACUGAACGACAAACUUAAAGACUACGAGCAUAGAACAAAGCAUCUCCAACGCGAGCUUCAAGCUAAACAGAAAGAUCUAGAUCAAUAUGAAGACGAACUCAAACGUCUCAAGAAUGCUAGUCGCGGAGGUAACAACGAGGAUCUCAUGGAUACAAUUGAGUCUUUGCAAAACAAGCUCAUACAAGAACGCAACCGGUUCGUCGACGAGGUCAACAAGCUCGACUCCAAGCUUGUGGACGACAAGGAGGAAUUGUACAAUAAGAUCGAGCAGCUCAAACGAGAAAAGUUGGAGCUUGUUGAGGAUUACGAGAAACUGCAACUUGAGCACAAGAGAUUUGUUGAGCAGAUGAGCAAAACCAACAAGGAGUCUGAACUGCUAGACUUGGAGCGUGAUUUCAAGAAGCUCUCGUUCUCGUACGCAAACAAGUGCCACGAACUUGAAGACAAAGAGUACGAGUCCGAGUCUUUGAUUCGCGAUUUGAAGGAAGACUUACGGUUCAAAGAGAACGAGACAAGACGUCUGCUAGCACAAAUCGAGAAGCUGACUAGUCAGCUUUCGGAACACAGUGGAGGUUCAGAUCAAAAAGUUCAAAUACGCGAACUGUUGCAGGAAAAGACACAAUUGGAAGACAAGUACCGCGAUUCGCUUCUGGAAAACAGCCGACUUAAACGACAGAUUGAUAGUUUCAGCGUUAGAGACACUUUUGAUAAGUCUGAGAGUCUUGUGCGAGAAUUGAAGGAAGCCAACAGGGAUCGCGAUGAGUUGAGGUCCGACCUUUUGUCAAAGAAGAAGGAACUGGCCGAUUUGAAGUGGAAGCUGGACGAUGUUUUGGAGGAGAAGAAACAGCUGAUGAACUCUUUGUCGUCGUUGGACGAAGACCAACAGCGUGUUAGUCACGAGAACUCCAAGCUGAGUCGCGAGCUUGAGAGUUUGAAGCUGAAGCUGGCAGGACCUAAACUGAAGAACGAGAUCGAGGAAAAGGACCGGGAGAUCAAGAAACUUGUGAAUGACUACAACGAGAUGAAGAACGAUCUUUUGAACAGAUAUGAGCAGGUUCGGAAGGACAAGUUCAAACUGGGCCAGGAACUCGAGGAGAUGAAGAUCAAGCUGGAGCGUGCAAAAGUUGCGCACGAGCUGCUGCUAAGCAAACAGAUGCAGAGGACAGAGUAUCCGCUGUCUCCAGUGAGUCCACCACGGUCUCCACACGAAAACGGAUAUCUGACACAACGGAUCAACCUGCUCGAGAGCCAGAAACAGCUUUUCCGGAUGAAGUUGCAACAGUACAAGGACUACAACUCUGAUCUACAGUUCAUGGCCAACUUUUUGACCCACGAGCUGGAGAGCAAAGAGCGGAUGGUGACCAGCCUGGAAAGAUUAAGCGGAGUCAAACGCCAGCAGCCGAAGCUGACGUUCCGGGCCGUGGCGCUGGCCGUUGUUGCUGGGGUGCGGUUCAAAAACCGUCUGGAGCAGGUCCAGAAGAAAAAAAUCGAGGAACGCCAUGUUAAGAAGACCAUUGGUCGGUACAGAGAACAGACAGUAGAUGUAUGA